CAGAAGAAUUCACAGCAGGAAACACGUAGCAGUCAGGAUCUCCAGGCGCUUCAGGUCUCGGUCUGAGUCAGUGCUCUCACCUUAACCGCCGCGCUUCGUCUGCUUCGGAAACUUUCGUGCGUUUAUACUCAGUGCCGACCUUUUUCUCAGUCCGGCGAUGAGCGUGUUGUUGGCUUGUCAGUGUUUUUGUUACGUCGUAGCUGCCAUACUUUCAUAUUCGACUCAUUCAUGCUGCGUGUGAACACCGGGAGGAAGCUCCAGCAUCGCGCCGAAACACAGCUUUGUGAAAGAUGAGGUUCACCGGCUACAUGAGACUGCGCAUCAGGGAAGCGCACGACCUGAAGCCCACCACUUUCUCAACGCGCCACACUUUCACCAAGAAGACCCCACAGCUGGAUCCCUACAUCGUGGUCAAAGUAGACAAUUUUAAAGUGGGUCAGACAGCCAUCAGGCCCAAGACUAACAAUCCCUUCUUCGAUGAGGAAUUCUGCCCGUAUAUAUGCGAGGGCAAAGAGCUAGAGGUGGCUGUUUUCCACGACACACCGAUUGGAUACGAUGACUUCGUAGCGAACUGCACUAUGAAGCUGGACAACCUGCUAACGUCAUCCAGCAGCAGACAGACUUUCGAGGGAUGGGUUAACCUGGAACCAGAGGGUAAGGUCUACAUCUGCAUCAGUCUUACAGGCAGCUUUACAGAUGAUGAUGCCGCUGUUAAUGGAUGGAGGACUCACAAGCAGUUAAGCAGGAAACGACAGCGUGCUUUGAGGAGGAAAGUGCACCAAGUCAAUGGACACAAGUUCAUGGCCACUUUCCUACGACAACCUACAUUUUGCUGCCACUGCAAAAAUUUUAUAUGGGGCGUUUUCGGGAAGCAGGGUUACCAGUGUCAAGUUUGUACCUGUGUGGUCCAUAAGAAAUGCCACCAUCUGGUUGUCACUGAGUGUCCAAAGCUGAAAAAAAAGGAAAAUGAGGGUACAAGUCAAGGUUUUAGCAUAAACAUACCUCAUCGAUUUCAUAUGCAUAAUUAUAAAGUGCCCACUUACUGUAACCACUGUGGAUCACUCCUGUAUGGUCUGGUGAAACAGGGUCUUCAAUGCAAAGGUUGUAAGAUGAACGUGCACAUUCGUUGCGAAAAAAAUGUUGCUCCCAGUUGUGGGGUGAACAGUGCAGAGCUGGCCAGCAAAUUGGCAGAGAUUGGCUUGGAGGCAGGGAGACUCAGCAAACGCCACUCUAAGAUAAGCACAUCCUCAGGGAAGUCUUCAAGUUCUAGUGUUAAAAGUCUAAGGCAGUCUGAUAUGGCUUUGGAGGAGAGUAUGAAGGUGGGGCUUGAGGAUUUUACAUUCAUACAGGUCCUGGGAAAAGGCAGCUUUGGCAAGGUGAUGCUGGCUCGCAUGAACGAUGAUGAACAAGUGUAUGCUGUGAAGAUGCUAAAGAAGGAUGUCAUACUCCAAGACGAUGACGUCGAGUCCACCAUGAUCGAGAAGCGAGUGUUGGCUCUAGCCCACAAUCACCCGUACCUCACACACCUGUACUAUUGUUUUCAGACUAACGACCGUUUGUUCUUUGUCAUGGAGUUUGUGAAUGGUGGUGACCUCAUGUUUCACAUCCAGAAAUCUCGGCGGUUUGAGGAGACCCGAGCACGGUUCUAUGCUGCUCAAAUCACCUCUGCUCUUAUGUUCCUCCAUUCCAGAGGCAUCAUAUACAGGGACCUGAAGCUGGACAACAUACUACUGGACAAAGAUGGGCACUGUAAGCUGGCAGACUUUGGUAUGUGCAAGGAAGGGGUGAAGGAUGGAGGCCUGACUUCCACCUUCUGUGGAACACCAGACUACAUUGCGCCAGAAAUCAUCCUAGAGGAACCGUAUGGUGUGUCUGUGGACUGGUGGGCUAUGGGAAUCCUACUGUUUGAGAUGCUGUGUGGACAUGCACCCUUUGAGGCAGAGACAGAGGAUGAGUUGUUUGAGUCAAUCCUCCGGGAUGAGGUGAUUUAUUCAUCUUGGCUUAGCAACGAGGCUGAGCACAUCCUCAGAGGGUUCCUGACCAGAGAUCCUUCACGUCGACUAGGCUGUGUAAAGUGGGACGGAGGGGAAAGGGCGAUCACUGAUCACGCUUUUUUUAGCGACUUGGACUGGGAGAAGCUGCUGAAGCGCGAGUUGGAGUCCCCCUUCAAACCUCGAAUAAAAUCUUCAGAGGACGUGAACAAUUUUGAUCCUGACUUCACCCAGGAAGAACCCACCCUCACUCCCAUAGAAGAAGCACUGAUCCCUGUGAACCAGGAGGACUUUAAAGACUUCUCAUACACAGCUCCCGAUCAUCUGCAUGUUUGACACACAAAUAUGUAUAUAGUACUAAUUUAUACUUUGGGUCAUACAUGAACUAUCUUCAAACAUGGUGAAACAUUAGUCCCAUGAACACUGCACGUGUUUAUUGGCAUCCGACAGUACAAAUGUCUGCCUAGUUUGAUUUACUUUGCUGUACAAACACACCAGAACACAUCUUGCAUAUUUAAAUCCUGUUCCUUUAGAAUCACUAUUUUGUGUUUCCUCUGCUUUAAAACAUGCGAUCAAAUUGUAAAAUAAUAUUUAGUGCAGAGUUCCCAAGAGUAGGAUUAAGAACUGCUGGUUUAGCACCGUCCUGUUGGGACAUGCCAUCUGUCAGAGGACUACCUGAAGAGUUUACUAUGAUGAAGUGUUUUAGAAAAAAAAUAAAAAUAAAUCAAAGACAUUGCUUGGAAACGGAGCAUGCACCAAAACAUAGCUCUCUAUGAGUCUAGCUCUCUAUAAGUCCAUAUAAUAUCUGUAAAUUGGCGUGUGUGUGUGUGUGUGUGUGUGUGUGUGUGUGUGUGUGUGUUUUCAUGCUUAUGUUGCUUGUCUAUUCAGCCUUCAACAUGCACUGUGAGUCUGGAUAUAAGGUGGAUUUAGUUCAUGCACACUGUUAAUGAAAUAGAUUUUCAUGCAAAUGUCUUAGAAACACUGGACUGGACUCCUUAAUAUGAGUCACAAUGUUAGCACUGUACACUAUAUCUUAACUGGAAAAAGUACUUCAUGAAGACUUCUUGUUAUAACUUGACUGACAAUCUUGGAUGUCUUAUGUAUACUGAUCUGAUAAGCCAUAUCAAGUGCUCUUAGUAUAAACAAACUAAAUAAAUCAUAUUGCCUUUUUUUUUACAUUGCCGUUUUAAUUCACUGACCACAACUUGAUGGUAGUCAUAUUUGGAAGCAAAUAACACUUUCAGUACUAUUAAUGGUGAUAGUUUAAGCAGCACAGCAAAUAACAGACUCAUACUGAUGCCUUUUGUAAAACGUGAAACAAUUGAGCUUGUUAAACAAUUGUAGCUUUAUUUAUCAUCAUAGCAGUCUGCCAAUCAAACGUCCUCAGAUCAGAUCAGUUUGUAUUUUCCAGUUUCUUGGUAGCAUGACAAGCUGUGUAAAAAAAGAGUGAAUGCUAGGCAAAAACUUCUAUAGCUGCUAUAAGGUAAGUGAUAACAGUACUGUAUGUCUCACAUAUGUUUUAGAACAUUAAAGGUAACUAUGAAU